CAGUAGAUACAAACUUACAGAAGAAGAAGCUGCACUCAAGCUUGCUCCAGAGCUGUGUUGAUCACGGUUAUUUCCCUGCGACAGAGAGAACGUAGCGAAGCAAUCAUCAUGCCUAUGUUUUUGGUGAAUACUAAUGUGGCUAAGAGUGACAUUCCUCCUGCGCUGUUGUCUGAGGCAACAGAUGAACUGGCCAAGGCGAUGGGCAAACCUGUGCAGUACCUUGCUGUGCACAUCGUCCCAGACCAGUUGAUGAUGUUCGGGGGGAAAGGAGACCCUUGUGCCCUCUGCUCCCUUCACAGCAUUGGGAAGAUUGAAGGAGCUCAGAAACAGUACUCUAAACUACUGUGUGGACUGCUCAACAAACACCUGGGCAUCUCUCCUGACAGGAUUUACGUGAACUUCUUUGACAUGGAGGCAGCGAACGUGGCCUGGAACAACUCUACUUUUGGUUGAGCAGGGGAUCUAAAUUUCAAUGGGAGCUGACCCCUCUUUUCCCCUACACCUUAAUGGUAUUAUAGCACUAGAGUAGGCUAUGGAGAGAUGAGCAGAGAUGCCUUGUUGCUGGGCUGAUGUAGAGCGGUAUUGAUAAAUGCACUUAAAAUGGACCCUUGCUUUAUAACAGACCCUUGAUUUGCACUGGACCCUUGGCUUUGAUAUUACAAUAAAGUGAUUCCCCUUGAUCACAA